CGCAUGUGUUCGCCCAUGUUCAUCUGGAGUACAUCCAUGCUUGCGCAAAACCAAGUAUUCGAAGACCUAUCUUCUUAUCAUUUUUCCGCGUUCUUUCACUUCCCAUACCUGUAAUUUUUUGUACCUCGGUGACCUUGGCUUCACUUGGUGAGAAGUUGGAAGUUUCUCACUCGAACGAAAGGUCACAACUCGCCACAUUUUCACACUCGAUUUCUUUCUCUUUGGCCAGCUCCGUGGCCUUUAUUCUUCUUCCACGGACGCUAUCAAGAACUCGGCGCAAGAAGUCGGUCAAGCCCCUUCGGAGUUCACUACGAUCUGGAACGCCGCUGCCGCUAUCCAUCUCAUCGCCUAAAUUUCCGCACACUUGGCCCCGCUUGUCGUGCAUUAAAUCAGUCUUGACAUUGUUGCCAUGUCUGCAGAGACGCCACGCAUCGUCCCCCUGACUUGUCAUGGCCACUCGCGGCCGAUUACACAUUUGAGCUUUUCCUCCAUCGUGGAUGAUGAUCAAUACUACCUGAUAUCGGCCUGUAAAGACAACAAUCCUAUGCUGAGAGAUGGCAUGACAGGAGACUGGAUUGGAACAUUCAUUGGACACAAAGGAGCGGUUUGGUCGUCAAGAUUGUCUUCGGAUGCUAAGAUCGCCGCCACCGGAUCUGCAGAUUUCAGCGCGAGAAUUUGGGAUCCCCAGACCGGAGAAUGUCAGUACAUCUUGACUCACAACCACAUUGUUCGAGCCGUCGCAUUUCCGAUUCAGACUAACCCGCAGUGUGUGGCUACCGGCACGCAAGACAAAACCCUUAAGAUCUUUGAUCUCAGUCGCGGUGGUAGCGCUGCUACACCCGACCAGGUCAAUGGUACCUCCCCAAUCACCCCGACCACCACUUCGGAAGGGCAUGAGAUUGGAGCAGGCCAACAUGGGGGCAGCAUCAAAUCCAUUGCUUGGAAUGUUGACUACAAUAUUCUCACCACUGCCUGCGAAGACAAGACUCUUCGUUGGUGGGACUUGAGGGUCCAACGCAUGAUUGCAAGUGUCAAGACAGAGCGGGACAUCACUUCAUGCGAGCUCUCCACCAACAAAGCGGAAGACAGCAAUCCUGGAAUUCUUAGCGUGGCAGCUGGACAGUCGUGUCUCUUUUUUGACGCCGGCAGACCGGGCGAGCUUAUCAAGCAAGUUAAUUUCGACCAUGAAGUUGCCAGUGUGGCCAUCAACCCUGCAACCGGUCGCUUUGUGACCGGCGGCGGGAAGGACACGUGGGUCCGGGUAUGGGAUUUUGCGCAGGAAAAAGAACUUGAGGUUCUCAAGGGCCACCACGGUCCAAUUUGGACAACUGCAUUCUCUCCUGACGGCAAGAUCUAUGCGACCGGAAGCGAAGAUGGGACAAUCAAGUUGUGGAAGGCUUGCAAAGAGCCAUAUGGUCUCUGGCGCUGAGCCAAAUGCAACAACACCACCAGAACCAAGCUCCGGCGUAACCUAGUACCGUCGCAAGUCUAUGUGAAAGACUCGGCCAUCCACCUCCCACAACAGCACGAUACCGAAGAAACAGCGUAGGUGCUCCAACACUCAGCCGGCUAGAGAUGUGGAACGCGAUGUUCAUACGUGGGCUGUCCAGGAUAUUCACUUGCGAGGAUCAGAAGGGUCCAUGGCGCCGGAAUGACAUAACGCGGCGGCUUGACUGCGGCUGAUGUUCAGGCACCAAGCAGAAUUGGUGGACCGGAAGUACGUGCUAUUGGGUAUUUGGGGAAGCUCUUUGGGUGUGUCCCAAGUCCGGAACGAUACCAGCGAGCAAUGAGCUUCCGCCGUAUGAACCGUGUGCAUGCAGGAACCGGGGGAUUUGGGCCAGGGGGUAACGGAAAGCUUGAACGCAAGCUCAAGCAUAAGUAGAUGAGAUGACCAGAAAUCGUCCAAGACUGUGUGACGAUAUCACUGCGUUUUCCCGUACUUGCUUGCUGCAGUGGUUCUGACCUUGAUGAAGCAGUGUCCUGGCAAGAAAGGGAAAGGACGCUGCAGCUCCCGGGGGGGCGGCGGGGUUCAGCUGCCAAUGACAGGGGCCGCCGAAGCCGAC